AUGGAGCUUUUCCCGCUUGAUAUUUCAGCUGAAAGCCCUCGAGAUUCACACCUGCCGCUGUCGACCAAUCAGAGAGGCUCUGUUAACGGCACCUGGGAGUCUGAUGGCGUCACCUUCUUCAUCAUUCAGGGCCUCGCCAGCCUCGGCGAGAAAAGGAUGAUCCUUUUUGUCAUCCUGCUUCUGGGUUACAUCAUCAUCCUGGGAGGAAACAGCAUGAUCAUCUUAGUGGCUUUGACUGAUUCGAAGCUAAACUCUCCGAUGUUCUUCUUCCUCUACAACCUCUCCUUCGUGGACAUCCUCUUCACCACCACCACCAUCCCCAAAAUGCUCUCCGGCCUCCUGACGGAUGUGAACACCAUCUCCGUCCCCGGCUGUUUCUUCCAGAUGCAUUUUUUUGUUCAGUUGGGAGUUACUGCCUACGCUAUCCUGACUGUCAUGGCGUACGACCGCUACGUGGCCAUCUGCGACCCUCUGCGCUACACCGCCGUCAUGACUCGGCCCGUCCGGCUGCUCCUCGUUGCAGGAGCCUGGAGUUUUGCCGCCUUCUGCACGCUGCCGGCCACUUCCAUGAGCUGGCGGCAGGUUUACUGCGGCCCCAAUGUAGUGAGGAAUGGUUGGUGCGACCUGUCAGCCGUGAGGCGCCUGGCGUGUGGUGACACCACCAUACAUAACAUUGUGUCCAUUUCUUUCGCCAUACUGGCCCUGCUGACAACAGGAGUCCUCAUCCUCACUUCCUACAUCCUGAUUGGAGUUUCAGUGUCGAGGAUGGGCGUGGCUCAGAGGCUGAAGGCCUUCGGGACGUGCGCUGCCCACCUGACCGUGGUGACCAUCUCUUUUGGCUCGGCCUCGUGUGUUUUCAUCUCCUACCGGGUGGGAAAGUUUUCACCAGAGGAUCGCGUCAUCGUGUCCGUGCUGUUCUCCGCUCUGACACCGCUCCUGAACCCGAUGAUCUACAGUCUGAGGAACAAAGACCUGCGAGAGGCCAUCAGGAGGACUGUGAGCCGGAUCAGACCGCCUGCUGUGAUUCCCACAAAGGACGUCAACACGGUGACCUGA